CACACACACACACACACACACACCUCUCUACUGCAUAAGCAGUGCAGAGCUCGUGCUGACUCAUGCCCUAUCUUACAGUAUCCAGAUCAAUGGAGCUCGAUGUAACUGUGAAUGUAAGGACCGCGCGCCUUUAGCCUUGUAGCCCAUAGAGAUGUGCGUAUGUGCAGGUGGGGCUGCGCUACAUCGCGAUGAUCGCUGCGGCUUUUCUGGUUUUACUGAGACCCCUGAGCCUUCACUGCCUGCUGCUGCUGAUAUUGCUUUUGGUGGGGACGGUGGCCACGAUCCUGUUUCUCUGCUGCUGGCAUCGGAGACUUCGCCAUGAGAAGAUCCCUAUAAAAUCUGUCUUCUCGAGGCGAUCGAGGAGUCGUGAAGCUGGUCUACGGACGCAUCAUUUUCGAUCGGAGGGUUUUCGGCACAGCCCACGUCAUGGCCGGAGGACUAUAAGAGCCCGAGUUUGUGAAGAGAAGCCUUUGGUUGAUCCAGCAGACAGUGAGCCGGACACCAGCAGCGCUGCUGUGAGGAAACGCAAAGUGACCAAGAGAAUACAGCCUGAGUUUUAUCACUCCGUCCAAGUCACACCCACGCGAAGACCAAGCUCAGGAUCCGGGAACGCUUCACUGCGUUGCUCAAUGUCUUCAUCGGCUGAUUUCUCGGAUGAGGACGACUGUAGUGUGAGGUCGGGGUGUGUGUCGCCGGCACCCGGAGAUACACUUCCGUGGAAUUUACCCCGGCACGAGCGCUCCAAGCGCAAAAUACACGGUGGCUCGGUGCUGGAUCCGGCCGAGAGAGCUGUGCUCAGGAUCGCAGAUGAAAGAGACAGAGUUCAGAAAAAGACAUUUACGAAAUGGAUCAACCAGCAUCUCCUCAAGGUACGAAAGCACGUUAACGACCUGUAUGAGGAUUUGCGAGAUGGACAUAACCUGAUCUCACUUUUGGAGGUCCUGUCUGGUGACAAAUUGCCAAGGGAGCGCAAUAUUCUGAAGACGUUACGGUUGGUGAGUUCAGCUGACGCAUGCACGGUUGAGCAGCAUGGCCGUGUGCAGAAGGAGGAGGAUGAUGGUGGUGGUGGUGGUGAUGAUUAUGAUGAUGAUGAUAAGGGGCCUCGGGAGAAAGGCCGCAUGCGCUUCCACCGACUGCAGAAUGUACAGAUAGCACUGGACUACUUAAAAAGACGGCAGGUGAAACUAGUGAACAUCAGAAAUGAUGACAUCACAGACGGCAACCCAAAGCUGACACUGGGGUUAAUAUGGACCAUAAUUCUGCACUUUCAGAUUUCGGACAUCCAUGUUUCCGGAGAGUCCGAAGACAUGACCGCAAAAGAGAGGCUUCUGCUCUGGUCCCAGCAGAUGACCGAGGGCUACGUAGGGGUCCGUUGUGAUAACUUCACUACUUCUUGGAAGGACGGAAGGCUGUUCAAUGCCAUCAUUCACAAGUACAGGCCUGACCUGGUGGAUAUGAGCAAAGUAUCAACACAGAGUAGCAGAACAAACCUGGAGCAGGCAUUCAUUGUGGCUGAGCAGCUGGGUGUGGCCCGGCUGCUGGAUCCAGAGGAUGUGGACAUCCCAACUCCAGAUGAGAAGUCAGUCAUUACUUACGUGUCAACAUUAUACGAUGUCUUCCCUAAAGUACCAGAGGGUGUGGAGGGCAUCAGUGCAAAUGACGUUGAUGUUAAAUGGGUGGAAUAUCAGAAUAUGGUCAAUUACCUCAGCCAGUGGAUCAAACAUAACGUGACUGUCAUGUCAGACCGAAACUUUCCGUGUAACCCUGUGGAACUUAAGGCACUUUAUUUGCAGUAUCUGCACUUCAAGGAGAAUGAAAUCCCACUAAAGGAGAAUGAAAAGACCAAAAUCAAGCAUCUUUAUAAAAUGUUAGAGGUGUGGAUCGAGUUUGGUCGCAUUCAUUUGCCGGAGGGUUACCACCCCAACGAUGUGGAGAAGGAAUGGGGCAAGUUGAUCGUGGCCAUGCUUGAGAGAGAGAAGAGCCUAAGGCCUGAGGUGGACAGACUUGAAAUGCUGCAGCAAAUCGCAGACAGAGUUAAGCGAGACUGUGUGGCUGGAGAAGACAAAUUAGUCUUAGCACGAGCAUCUCUGCAAUCUGAUAUAAAAAGGUUAGAGUCUGGGAUCCAAUUGCAGAAUGAGCCUGAAAUUGCAGGAUACCUGCUGGAGUGUGAGAAUUUGUUGAGGCAGCAAGUGGUUGACAUUCAGAUUUUACUGGAUGGGAAGUUCUACUUGGCAGAUCAGCUUGUUCAGAGAGUAUCCAAGCUUCGAGAUCACUUGCUGACCCUCAGAACAGAAUGCUCCUCGGUGUACAGCCAGGGACGCAGUCUGAGCACGGAACAGACCAAGAUGAUGAUCUCCGGCAUCACGCAAAGUUUGAACUCCGGCUUCUCUCAAAACUUGAACAUGGGUCUAAGUCCUGCCCUCACACCAGGCUCUGCCGUCUCCACCAGCUUUACCCCAGCCAUGACCCCAGGCCUGACCCCAGCAUUGACCCCGGCACUAAUACCUGGCUUGCAGCCGACCCUGAGGGUUGGAGGGUCCAUGGAGCCAGGGAUCCUCCAGCACAUGAAACACAUGCAAAUUCGCAAGCCGAUGCUCAAAGCUUCAUUAGUUGACCCCAGCUUGUCUGAGGAAGAGGUCAAUAUGAAGUUUGUCCAGGACUUGCUUUAUUGGGUGGAAGAGAUGCAGGGACAACUCGAUCAAGGCGAAUGGGGAUCUGAUCUACCGAGUGUUGAUUUGCAUUUAGAAAAUCACAGAAAUGUUCACAAAGCCAUUGAAGACUUCCAGAUGAGCAUUAAGGAAGCACAAAUGAGUGAGAUGCAGAUGACCCACCCACUGAAGCAGAGUUACUCAGACAAGCUGAACCUUUUAGAAAGCCAGUAUGGGAGGCUACUGAACUCUGCUAAAGAGAGACAGAAAUACCUGGACAGCCUACAUAACUUUGUGUCGCAUGCCACCCAAGAGUUAAUUUGGCUUAAUGAGAAAGAAGAAGAGGAGGUAGCCUUUGACUGGAGUGAACGCAACAGCAAUAUCUCCAGGAAAAAGGACUACCAUGCUGAACUGAUGAGAGAGCUGGAUGAGAAGGAAGGAGUGAUAAAGUCAGUGCAGGACCAAGCUGACAUCCUUUUACAACAAAACCAUCCAGCUAGGCUUACUAUUGAGGCAUAUAAGGCUGCCAUGCAGACACAGUGGAGCUGGAUCCUGCAGCUCUGCUACUGUGUGGAGCAGCACCUGAAAGAGAAUGCUACUUACAUUGAGUUUUUCAGUGAUGCCAAAGAGUCUUUGGAUUACCUUAAAAGCCUGCAGGAUUCAAUUACAAGGAAAUAUGGGUGUGACCGUACUAGCAGUCUGCAUAGACUGGAGGAUCUCAUUCAGGAGUCUAUGGAUGAGAAAGAGCAGCUCCUUCAGUACCGCAGCACUGUGGCUGGUUUGGUAGGAAGGUCCAAGUCGAUUGUUCAACUAAAGCCCCGCAAUCCAGAGAACCCUGUCCGAACUUCCCUACCUGUCAAGUCCAUCUGUGAUUACCGUCAGAUUGAGAUUACUAUCUACAAAGACGAUGAGUGUGUGCUGGCUAAUAACUCUCACCGAGCUAAAUGGAAGGUAAUCAGCCCUUCAGGGAAUGAGGCCAUGGUGCCUUCCGUCUGCUUUACUGUGCCUCCACCCAACAAGGAGGCAGCAGACAUGGCUAGCAGGAUUGAGCAGCUAUAUCAGAAAGUUCUCGCCCUGUGGCACCGCUCUCAUGUGAACAUGAAGAGUGUGGUUUCCUGGCAUUAUCUGAUGAUGGAUAUCCGCAACAUCCGCAAAAGCACUGUUGCCUCUAUUAAGACAAUGUUGCCCGGCGAGCACCAGCAGGUCCUGAGCAGCCUGCAGUCUCACUUUGAGGAGUUCCUGGAGGACAGCGAGGAAUCAGAGGUCUUCACAAUGGCAGACUGCACUCAGCUAGAGAGAGAGGUGCUGGCUUCAAAAGAAUCCUAUGAGGAAUUGCUCAAGUCUGCAGAGAGAGAGGAACAUGAGGAAUCGGUGUACAACGUCUUCAUAUCUGAGGUGCGCAACUUUCGCAUGCGCGUUGAAGCCCAUGAGGAGCAACUGAUUCGGCAGAUCCGCUCCCCUCUAGAACGAGAUGACUCGAAGGCCAUCAUGCAGCGCAUCGCUGAUCAAGAGAGGAAGAAGGCAGAAUUAGACCGGUUGAGCGAGGAUCUUGUGGUGCUAAAGGAGAAAUGUGAGGCAUUCCUCAGACAGGCUGCAAACUCUCCUUCAGUGCCAACACUUUCCUCUGAACUCAAUGUGCUCACUCAGAGCAUGGCUCAGGUCUAUUCCAUGUGUUCCAUUUACUUGGAAAAAUUGAAGACAGUGAAUUUGGUGGUGAAACACAGCCAGGGUGCUGAGGCGCUGGUCAAGCUGUAUGAGGGCAAACUAUGUGAGGAAGAUGCAGUCAAUGGUGACACCAGGUCUAUUGAUGCAGUUAUGAGCACUCUCAAGCAAUGGAGGUCUGAGAUCGAUGAAAGAAGAGAUGUAUUCCAUGACCUGGAGGAUGAAUUACAGAAAGCUAGGGCUAUCAGUGACCGUAUGUUCAAAACCCAUAACGAGAGAGACUUUGACCUAGAUUGGCACAAGGAGAAGGCUGAGCAGCUUGUAGAGAGAUGGCGGAAUGUUCACUCUCAGAUUGAAAACAGACUUCGAGAUCUGGAAGGCAUGAGUAAGUCUCUGAAAUACUAUAAGGAUGCAUACAGUAACCUUGAUGAGUGGACCAAAGAGAUGGAGGCGAAUCAGCUGAAAACUCAAGAGAACCAGCCAGAGGACAGCAAAGCUUUGGCGGAGUUAUUAAACCAACAGAAGGUGCUUGUUGCGGAAAUUGAACACAAGCAGAGCAAGAUGGAUGAAUGUCAGAAGUACUCAGAGCAGUAUUCGGUUGGAGUGAAAGAUUAUGAGCUUCAGUUGAUGACCUACAGGGCCAUGGUGGACUCUCAGCACAAGUCUCCAGUGAAGAGGAGGAGGAUACAGAGCUCAUCAGAUACCAUCCAGCAGGAUUUUAUGGACCUCCGCACUCGCUACACAGCACUGGUCACUCUUAUGACACAAUAUGUGAAGUUUGCAAGUGAAACUCUGAAAAGGGCAGAGGAAGACGAGAAGAAGACAUGUAUGGACAAAGCUGAGUAUAGGAGCUGCUUGGAUAGUAUGGAGCUGCAGAAAGUGGCACGUGAUGAGGAGAUCUCCAGGCUCAGACGGCAGAAAUCGGUCGAAGAGGAGAGAAAAGAGCACGGUGAUAAAGUUAGCAAGUUAUUAAACUGGAUGUCUGAUGUGAACAAAAACGGAAAGGCUGUAAAAGAUGACAAAGGCAGCACAGAGAGCUGUAAUAAGUCUCAGAUUCCUGUGGAAGAAGUUUUAUCUAAGAAGGAACAAGUUACAGAAGCUAUUAGAAGUACACAGCUGAUGCUGAACAAGCACAGUGACAAGAUGUCUGAAAAGGAAAAGUGUGAAGCAAAAGAACAGCUAAAACUCCUCCAUCAAGCCCAUAGUGAGCUCUCGCAGAUGAGCGUGAACCAGACACCCGCUGCUGAACAGGAGUUUGAAGUCAUCGAAGGCAUUCUUGAUGUGGGAAAAGGAGCAGUUCUGUCUGUAUGCCGUGCAGUACAGACUGGUCUCAUUGACCACUGCACUGGGCUCAGUCUCCUUGAGGCCCAACUCUUAACAUCUGAACUCAUCUUACCCGAAUUCCACAUGUGUCUAGACUUGGACAAUGCAUUCAGGCACAACCUAGUGGAUGAACCCAUGUAUAAACAACUCCAAGACUUGAAUGAAGCCAAUAAACGUGUUCAAAUCCCACGGUAUGCUUCUGAACCUUUGCCAGCGGUAGCUGCAGUGAAGGACGGGGCAAUUUCUGAGCGUCUAGCUGUAAGGAUCAUUGAGAUCCAGCUAGCAACUGGUGGGUUAAGGGUGACAUACCCUGGAGAAAAUGUAAGUCUUGAGAGGGCAUUUGAAUUUGGCCUAAUUCCCCACUCGCUCUAUAUUAAAAUAUUACAAAGACAGAAUACCUGGAAGGAUUUAAUUGAUCCUAAUACAGCUGAAAAAGUUUCUCUUAUUCAGCUUGUGCAGCGGAGUAUUGUGCACGAGGAGACAGGGCUUCGUGUGCUGGCAGUGAAGUCUGGAAAAGAUGGGAGUAUAGCGUUUUCGUCCGGAAGAGAGGUCAGCAUUCUGAGAGCGACACAUGAGGGUCUGAUAGACCGAGAGACCAUGCUCCGGCUGCUAAGUGCACAGCUCUCUGCAGGAGGUAUAGUUGAUCCUAGAACAAACUGUAAGCUUACAGUAGAAGAGGCCUUAUUUGAGGGUCUUAUUGAUCAGGACACUGCCAGUGGGAUUCUGAGCCAUCAAGCACAGAAUGGUGGCAUCAUAAACCCUAAAACCGGGAUUAGACUUACAGUUGAUGAAGCUGUACAGUGUGAUUUAAUGAGUUCCAGAAGUGCCCUGUUAGUUCUGGAGAAACAGAAAUGUUUCAUGGGCCUCCUCUGGCCACACUCUGGUGAAAUCCUCAAUGUCUCAAGGUCAAUACGGCAUGAAAUCAUCACUGAGAAACUGGCACAUGAGGUUUUGUGUAAUCGACAUAACAUAGCGGCAUUUUACAUACCAGAGAACUCUGAGGUAGUUGAUAUUGACUCUGCUGCACAGAGAGGUUUCAUCAACGCUUGCACAGUAGACUUUUUAAAAACGAUACAAAUACCUGAUAUGUUCCCGGAUGUAGAUGAUCUCAAUGACCAAUUUUCAUCAUGGCUAGUAAUGCGUGAGCUUCAAAUUGAUGCCUCUGAAAGAUCCAGAGAAGGAUUGGAAGCUAACGAAAAGAGUACAAAUGCCCCAUCUUCAUUGGAAGCCAAACAGCUUUUUGUUUCCUUUUUAAUGAUGAACAGCUACAUGGACCCCAAAUCAGGAAAGAGGCUUUUAAUUUUAGAUAGGCAGUUAAAUAAAAUGGCUAAAGUAUUACUAGAAAUGUCAGAAAUUGACACACAUGCUUCAUCUCUAGAUGAGGACUUUGCAGAUGAUUUACACAUCACAGGCACUGGUGAAUUGGCAGUUUUACAUAUUGAUGAGCCUUUACCAAGAAUAGUAGAAGGGAGUAUUUCAGAGAUGUCGACUGAUUGUGAUCCUUAUGUAAAAACUAUUGAAUCAGAAAGUCUUACUACAGGGUCAGGUGAAGUCUUUAAUACUUUGCUGGAAAGAGCCAUAAAAGCACCUGAGAUUAAGACAAGUGAAAGUGCACCUGAGGAUACAAAUACAGAUGCAUGCCCACAGUAUCAUCCACAUGAGAUUAAUCCACUAGUUUCAUUACAAGCAACAUAUAAAGACGCCACACAGUGCUCUGUAGGGUGCAGUGAAAAAACUGAACAUUCUGAUUUGCGCACUGAAUACAGCCAACGUGAAAGUGCGUAUGACGAAAAACUGGAACGAGAUCAUGUGUUGUGCCUUCUGAGGGACCAAAUAAAAGAGGGCGGCAUUUUAGAUGUCAUCUCUUUAAAGCGUUACAACCUCAAUGAUGCUUUUGUUAGAGGCCUCAUUGAUGAUGAGACUGUGUUAGAGCUUCUUGCACUGCAGCUUGGAAGGCAAAAUAUCACACGAAACAAAACCGUGACCAUGUCAGUAUUGAAACAAGCCGUAUCAGAAGGAUACAUAUCAUCUCACAUAGCUUUACAAAUCAAGCAGCAGCAAAAUUUGCUUAGUGAUUCAUCUGAAAAAAGCAUCAGUGCUUCGGGGGCUUGCGAGAUGUGUUUGAUCACUGAUAAUGUUGGCAGAUUUGUCCUUGAUUCAGAAGAUGGCCAAAAGGCCCACAAUGAUCCAAAUGGAAAUUGUGAUAAUGAAGCAAAUGAUGUAAAGAGUGACGAGAUGUCUGCUCUGGACUUAAGUGAAAAUGGUCCAGAUACUGAAAAUGCAGUAAAUACAUGUAGGUCUGAAGAACUACCAAAAAACCCCAAACAAAUGAACAGGAGUUUGGACUCAUCAUUUGCCUUAAAUACAAUUUGUAAUGAGGAGAUUGGAGCAAUAUGUCCAAGUGCUGAAAUUCUGUUAGCAAAUUCAGCCCAAUUAACCAGUGGAUUAGACUCCAGCUUCUUGGUAAAAACAUGCAAUGAGGAUAAGAUAAAGAAACACAGUGUUAAAAUCACACCUGUGGUUUUGAGUGAAAAUAGUCAAAAUGCAGGAAAUCCAGAAGGAUUAAGACCUUCAGAAGAAUCAGCAAAUUCAAAUAAAAAUUCCAGUGUUUUUGACUCAACGUUCAUCUUAAAUACAGUUGGUUAUGUGGAGGUGACCGUUGAGGAGUUUGCUAAAAAUACUAAAAAUGCAACGAAAAGGCCAGAUGAAGCCGUUCAUCUGUUAGCACCUUCGACAGAAUUGACUAAUAGUUCGGACUCAUCGCUCACUUUAAAAACAGUUAGUGCUGAGGAGGCUAAUGAAAAACGUUCAAGCAACAAGUAUGGAUUAAUGACCACGGCUGAAAGCAAUGCUUUAUUAUCUAAUUUAACACAAUUCACUAGUAGCUCAGAAUCUAGCUUAAAGACAGUUAUCGGUGAGGGAAUCAGUGAUGAGAGGUUUGAUGAUGAGAGUCUGAAAACUGAAAAUGAGGUGAAACAAACAGAGAAAGCCUCUAAUCUCUUAGCAACACAAGCAACGCAACUGGCCGAUAGCUUGGACACAUCGUUUACUUUAAAAACAGCAAGUGACAAGGACAUAAUUGAUGGGGAUUUUAGUGAUAAAGGUCUACAUGCUAAAGAUGAGAUGAUAACACUUGAAGACAAUGAUCUGUCAGCAAACUCGGCACAAAUUAACAGUAGUUUGGACACAUCAUUUAAGGCAGAUAGUGAUGAUAAGCUCUUUCAUGAACUUGUAGAAAAAUGUCCACAUACUGAAAGUGCAAUAAAACAACCAGAAGACACUCAGCUACCAACAAAUUCAAAACAAAUUACCUGUGGUUUAGACUCACUGUUAUUAUUAAAGGCAGGUAGUGAUGUGGAGAUCACUGUUCUCGAGAAAGAAAGUUUUGAGAAUUCUGGUGUGAACCUCAGUGAAAAAUGUGCAAGUACUGACAAUACAGUAACUAGGACAGAAGAAGACACUCCUCUAUCAGCAAAUACAAAACAAGUGAUCAGUAGUUUGGACUCAAUGUUUAGCUUAAAUGUAGAUGGUGAGGAGAUAACAACUGUGAAGUCAAGUGAUGAAAAUACGCCAGAUGAGGUAAAUAGUUUAUUAACAACUUCAACACAUUUGACCAGUACUAUGGACUAUGUCGACGAGCUCACUGCUGGAGAGUAUGGUGAAAAAAGUCUAAGUACUGAAAAUACAGUGGCAAGAUUAAAGGAAAACCUUCAUCCAUUAAUAAACACAACACAAAUUCCCAGUAGUUUGGACACGCCAUUUUUGCCAACAAUGUCUGGAGAUGAUUUAACUGCUGAGAGGUUUAGUACUGAUGAAAUUGAAAUGAAAAGAACCGAGCAAAACAAUCCGGCACUGAUGACCAGUAGUCUGAACUCAACAUUAUUGUUCCCCAUAGUUAGUGAUGAAUUUACUGGAGAAAAAUGUCCAAGUUCCGAAAGUAGUUUAAACACAUCAUUCACAUUAAAAAUCACAAAUGAGGAGUUUGCUAAAACAUGUCCUAGUGCUGAAAAUACAAUGAAAAGCACAAAUGAAGUCUCUCCUCUAUUAAGAGCUCCAACACAAAUUGCCAGGAGUUUUGACUCAUCUUUUACCUUAAAGACAGCUUGUGAUGAUGAGAUCACUGUUGAAAAACAUAGUAAACAAUAUAAAAGUAAUGAAAGUGAGCUGAAAACAUUAGAGGAAUUCACCAACACAACAAUGCAUAUAUAUAGCUUGAAUUCAUUGUUCACUCUAAAGGCAGCUGUUGACAAAUGUCCAAGUACUAAAAAUGGAGUGAAUAAAAGAACAGAGGAAGCAUUUCCUCCAUUAAAGAGUAGCAGUUUGGAGACCUCGUUCACCUUAAACUCUGGUAGCAAAGAGAUCACUGAUGACACCUUUAGCCAAAAAAGUCCAAGUACAGAAAGUUCAUCGAGGACAACUGUAGGGACUCCUCUGUCAAAAGACUUAACACAAAUGACCAGCAGUUUGGAUCCUUCAUUCACCCUAAUGACAGAUCAUUUCGAGAUCUGUGCUAAGGACCUAAGUAAAAAAUGCCCAAGUUCUGAACAUAAUUCAGUGAAAAGAACAGAGGAAGCCACCAGUUUAUCAUUAACCACCACACAGGACACACCAUUCACCCUAAAAACAGAUGGCAUUGAAAUGCAUGGUAAAAACUAUCCAAGUACUGGAAAUUCAGUGAACAGAACAGAGGAAGCCACUCCUCAAUUAACAGGUUCAACACUAAUGAUGAAUAGUUUGGACUCUUCUUUCACCAUUAAUGCAAAGGAUGUCACUAAUUACAUGCUUGAUGAAAAAUGUUCAGGUGAAAAUGCAGAUGAAGCUUCUUUUUCAACACACUUAACUACUGGUCAAUUGUGUUGGGAUAAUAAUACCUUCAUGAAUGAUAGUGAUGAAAUCCCUGCUGAGGACUUAAGUGAAAAACGUCCAGGUAUUGAAGAUGCAGUGGUCAGAGCAAAGGAAGCUGUUCCUCGAUUACAAACUCCAACAAAAAUGAUCAGUAGUUUGGACGCCUCGUUCACCUUAAAGGCAGAUAGUGACGAGAGCACUGAUGAUGCGUUUGGCAAAAAAUGUCCCAAUACUGAAAUUUCAGAAAAGUCAUCAGAUGCAGAUUCUUUAUCAACAAACUUGACACAAAUGGUCAACAGUUUGGAUUCAUCAUCAACCUUAUCGAUAGAUAGUGAUGAGAUACCUGCUGAGGAGUUUAGUAAAAAAUGUCCAAGCUCUGAAAAUACAGUGAACAAAAUAAUCAGUAGUUUGGGCUCCUCAUUAACCUUAAAGACAGAUAGUGUGGAGAGCCCUGAUGGUGAGUUUGGUGAGAAAUGCACAAGUACUGAAAAUGGAGUAAACAGGACAGAAAAAGAUACUCCUUUAAGCGUCACAACACAAAUGGACAGAUGCUUAGACUCCUCAUUCAUCUUAAAGACAGCUAAUGAUAUCAGUAAAGAAUUGUUGUAUGGCAUAUGUUCAAGUACUGAAGUGAAAAGAACAAAAGAAACCAAUUGUCUAUCAGGAAAUACUGAAAAUGCUUUGAACAGGACAGAGGAAGUUCAAAUACACAAAUCAACUAAAACGAUCAGUGGUUUGGACUCAAGUUCCGUUAAUGAGGCAAUCACUGAUAAGAACCUAAGUGGAAAAUGUCCAUGUACUGAAAAUUUAGAGGCAAGACCAGAGGACAUUGCUCAUGUAUUAACAGACACAACACAAAUGACUAGUCUGAACUCCAAACUGCUCUUAAAGACAACUAGUGAUUCUUCUUCAGCUGUUGAUUUUGAUCCAGGAAAACAGGGUUUAGAGGAUCUUGGCAGUUCACAUUGUUUGGAUACCAAAAAUGCCAUAGAUAGAAACCAUACAGAGUUGCGGGAUGUUCCAGAAAAAGAGAAUUAUCUGUCAUUAUUUCAGGCUCCUUUAACCAGUGUUAGUCAUGUGGCUUUUAAUGAAGCAGCAGUAAAGCAGAAGAUAAAUUCUGCUGAGAGUGAAUCUGGCAAAUCCUUUUCGUUGCAAAGUGAGAAUUCUGAUAAAAGGAAGACAGAGAGCUUACAGAAUAUACACAAACAGCAUAAUGCUUUCAGUGAGAAACAGCAAACAGUUAGUAUAUUCCCCAUUGAGGGAGAGUCAGAGAGCAUGAAUGCAAUGGAAGAAAUAAAACAACUAACAGAUAAUGAACCAUCUUUAUCCUCUUCCACAUUAGUUCAGUUAUCAGAUAUGAGAGCUGCCAGCAAAACAAGUGUGAGCCCUGAAUCAAGUGAAAACAUCCAAGAUCAGGAACAGAGUGUAUUGUGUCAGUCAGUAGAUAUUAAUGAGAGGCAAACAAAUAAGUACAAGAAAGAUCCGACUCAGUGUACAAUAAGCAAGACUGAUGUGAUUGGGCUAGAACCCGAGCAUGAGCGCAAGUCAGGAACAGCUAAUGACCAUGCAGCUUUUAAAGCAGUAGUGACUCAAUCCAGUCAUACUGGUGUCAGUGUUGACAAUGAAACCGUCAAUGUCUUGGUCAACACCUCAGAGUCUAUGGACAUGUUUAAGGAGUGUCUCCACAGCAAAGUUUGCACAAGUCCAACCUCAAAGUUCUUGCCAGAUGUAACUCUCAGUGAUGAUUCAAAUUAUGAGCAGCACUUGGCUGAGCAAGGUGAAGUAGCUGACACAGCAAUCGAGUUGUGCCCGCCUAACUCAGGUUUUGUCAUAUCUGAGACAAACAGAUAUGAUGCAGGAAGUUUAGAGUGCAAAACCACCAUCACUCCAGCACACAUUAUGGGAGAAGAGUCUUCAAAGUCUGUUACACCGAAGCCCAACAUUCCACCAAAUUUGCCACACAGAGACUUCAAAAAUGUUGAACAUUAUGGAGAUAAGCUGUGUGUGAAUACUUCCAUGAUGGAGAGUAAAUUUCCACCAGUUUAUGAAAAGGAACUGGAACACACUGCAGCAAAAGGAGCUGUAAAUGAGAUCCAGAGAAUGGAAAGUCAUGCCCUUGACCUCAAUGAGAGCAUUUCAUCCACUGCUACAACUCAGCAUGACUCUCAGAUCCUUGUUGAGAACAAAGAUCCAGCUCAAGAACCAAGUAGUCCAGUGUUAAAGCAGUCUCAGCUUCAAGAGAUGAUUCAGGAGAUGUCUGAACCAGAAAUGCUGAAAGAACCUUUGGGUUGGCUGGAAACCACUGGUCAGGGAGAUGAAGGCUCACUUGUAGAAGGUGUUGUUCAGCCCAAAGCUGCUUCCGGUGACAGUUGUGAGGAUGACAUCUUUCCAUCAGCUUGGUCAAGUCGGCAGAGCUCUAAGGCGAAUGUUGCAACCACUGAGGAAGAGGAGGAGGUCAAAUUUACACAUAAAAAAUCUUCCACCCAGCAUUACUUAGAGUGUGUUGGUAAACUCCAGGAUCACUAUGACACACUUGAAGACAUCAGGAAUGAUUUUUUAACUCAGAGCUCUUUAGCAGUUCACAUUGAAGGUUUACAAGACCAACUGAAAACAACUCAGGCUUUGGUAGCACAGCUUGCUGCAUUUCCUGCCAGUUUGACCUCAGAUUUGAAGGUAGCAGAGCAGCUUUUAAAUUCCGCUGAUGAGCUCAUCCCCACACAAGUCCAGCAUGAUUUAGCUGCAGUUUUUGUCGAUGUGAAAGCCACUUUCACAGAUGUUUGCCAUUUAUCAUCUGAGAGACAUGACACAAUUCUCCAGGCCAUCGAUGCAGCCAAGGGAAAUUUGGAGUGUACCUUUCAAGACCUUCUCACCUCCCUCGAAAAGCUUUCAUCUUGUAUACAAGAUCAUCAUGAAAUAGUGUGUAAGCUUGACAUCAUAACCACAGAUGACUUGGAGACAGUUAAAUAUAGGAUUCAACAAAACAAGGAUCUAGAGAAGAACCUAUCCGGUACUCGACAGAAUCUAGAGGAUACAGCUUUUGAUGUCCAGAACUUCAUAUCCGAGCACGCACAGUUCCUAAACCCAGCCCAGAACAGACAGAUGCUGAAAAGUCUCAGUGCCACACAGAGAGCCUUUAAAGAACUGAUGGAGCGAGUGUUUACUCAGAGGCACGCACUGGACCUCCAUUUGGAGAUUCGUGAGGAUGAGAUUCAACAGCAGAAUGCUGUUGAGAAGCAGAAGGAGUUUGUAGCCAAACUUCAGGAGCUGUGUGAUGACCUAACUCAGACCGAGAACCGUCUCAUCGGCCACCAGCAGCAGUCCAGCAGUGCAAAGAGUGUGGGAGACAUCCAGCAGCACCAACAAGAGAACCAGGCUUUGCAGAAAGACAUCCAGGUGAAUGUAAAUGCCUUGAAUGAAGUCAUCAAUAGCACUAAGAAGUUCCUAGAGGAGAACCGGAGCAAACUGACACCUGAGCAGGUGGCUGCUCUUGAACUCAAGCUAGAAGAGUUGAAGUGCAAAUCCAAUAUGCUUAACCAGAGAGCAGAGGAAACCAGGAAAGAACUGGAGAAAGUUGUGACGACUGUUAUUAAACAGGAGACGGAAAAGGUUGCAGCUGUGGAACAACUUGAGGAGACCAAAAACAAAAUAGAGGUUCUCUUAGACUGGGUGUCCAACAUCGGGAAAGAAACCGAGAUGGCCAAAGAGAACGGAAACAUGCCAGUUGAAGGAAAAAGAACAGGAGUGGAAGAUGACCCUAAUGGAAAUGCACUGGACGCCACAGAUAACACCUCACAGUGGUCAGGUGAAGACAAUAAAGAAUUGGAUAUGGAUCAGCAAUAUGAGAGGCUUAAGGCUCACCACAAAGGGAUCCUCUCCCAGCAGCAAGACUUAAUUAUUGCCACCCAGUCUGCCCAGGCUCUGCUGGACAAGCAGGCAGAUGUCCUCUCUCCAUCAGAAAAAGUGCAGCUCCAGAAGAGCAUCAAAGAUCUGAGAGAGUGCUAUGAAGUCUCUCUCACCCAGGCUGAGCAGCAGAUGAAACAGAUGCAAAGUGUUCAGGAGGAGCUGCACAAGUUUGAAGGUGACUAUGAAGAGUUUGGAGUGUGGCUACAGCAGGCACAGGAGCAGCUGGCAGAGCUGGGAGCCCCCACUGGCCACUUGGCUGUUCUGCAAGAGAAGCUUGAGAAGCAGAAAUGUUUUUAUGAGGAUGUGAUCUCCCACAAGGGGGACUUGCGUUUCAUUACCAUCUCAGGACAGAAAGUGCUGGAUGUGGCCAAGGCCUGCAGCCGUAAAGAGCGUAAGCAGGGAUUGCUUGAUGUGGACACUUCAGGAACAUGUGCUGCUGUGAAGGAGAAGCUGGACUCCACUGCUACUCGAUACAAAGCCAUGCACAGCCAAUGCAACCAGCUUGGAAACAAUCUCAAAGAUGUUGUAGACAAGUACAAGAAAUACGAAGAUGCUGCAAGUUGCCUGUUGUCAUGGCUCAAUAAUUCUGAGGCAGAUGCGAGAAGGCAGCAGUCUGAACCUAUUGCUGCAGACCCCCAAAUACUCCAGAGACAACUGGAAGAGACUAAGGCUCUUCAAGGGCAGACCACUGGCCAUCAGGUGGCUCUUGAGACACUACGCAAAACAGCAGAUGCCCUUAUCACAGCAGAGGGAGAUCUACUAAACAACAAGGAUGAGCUUCAGGAAGCAGUCGAUGACAUUGUGGAAAGGUACGAUAACUUGUCCAAGUCAGUGAGUGACCGGAAUGAGAAGCUGCAGGUGACGUUAACACGCUCGCUCAGUGUACAGGAUGGUCUGGAUGAGAUGAUGAACUGGAUGAACAGGGUGGAGGAAAAUGUUGGGGAGGGAUUAAAAGUGCCCCUAGACUCAGCUGCAAUUGCAGAUGCACUCAGCAAAGAGGCAGCUCUGGAGCAGGACAUGUCUAGCAGGCAGAGCAGUAUCUCCACUAUGAAGGCCAAAGUGAAGAAGUUUGUUGAAACUGCAGAGCCAGCAGCAGCUGCUGCUCUCCAGGCAAAGAUGGAAGGACUGACCCAACGCUUUGAUAAUGCCUGCGAGAAGCACAAGCAGAAGAUCUCACAAAUGGAGCAGCUAAAGGACAAGGUAGAACAGUUUGAGAAGACAUCUGAGAAGGUCCAGGGGUUUGUGCUGAAACAUUCACAUGCUCUCUAUGACACUGAUGGACCUGGGAAAAAUGUAAAUGAGCUCUCUCAGCUGGUGCAGGAUAUAAAUGCAGAGUUGGCUGAACACGUAAAGGACAUGGAAACACUGAACUUCUUAGCGAAGGAGCUUUCUAACGCUGGCCCAGAGGGAAGCACAGCGCUAAUUCAGGGCAAGAUGGCAAACCUGUCUAACACAUUUAAUACCUUUAAGGAUACUGUUAAAGAGAAAGAGGAGGAAGUAAUGUCUUGCCAGGACCAGCUUGGUGAGUUCAAAGUAGCUGCAGGGGUGCUGAUGAAGUGGCUGGAGGAGACAAAAGAACAAGUGCCUUUGGUUCAGCCCAACUGCAGUGAACAGGGCCUGGGAAAUGAUGUGAAGAAAGUCAACCGCUUGCUAGAAGAAUGGACUGCUAAAGCUCCCGCUGUCCAAGACAUAAAUAGUAAAGGGUCUGCACUGUGUACCCUAAUCAGUGUUUUGACAUCACCAGCCAAAGCCAGAAUGCAUCAUAAACCAGGUUCAGCAGUCAGUAAUGGCUCAGGUCCAGGAGCUUCAUAUCUGACAAACAAUGAGCUGAUUCUGGUGGAGCAGAACAUGUCCAGCAUCAAUGAAGAUUAUAGCAGCCUUGGGGAGCUGCUGAAGACCAGGUCUUCAGAGCUAAGUGGGCUGUUGCUAAAGGUCCAAGGGGUCCAGAAUGAGGCUCAUUCAACACUGCAGUGGCUGGAGAACAUGAAGAAAACAGCUGUAUCUUGGAACUCUGAGCCAGCAGGCAAAGAUACAAUGAAAAUGCAAAUCGAACGGCAGAAAGCUUAUGAGGAAAAUAUGCUCCAGAAACAGCAACAAUACCAAGAGCUGAGGGAGACGUUACUCCACCUGAUAGAGGAAAGCCCUGAUUCACCUGAGGCAGAAAAAUGGAAGAACAUGCUGAAACAGAUAGAUGCAGGAUGGGAGGAGGUCAAGGGAUCUGUGGAGAACAGGAAACAGCAUCUGGAGGAGUCAUCCCGCAUGCUGGAGCUCUUCCAGACUAACCAACCUCAGCUCUCACAAUGGCUUCUGGAGAAAGAUCUGAUGAUGAGUGUUCUGGGCCCUUUAUCUAUGGACCCCAAUAUGCUCAACAUGCAGAAGCAGCAGGUCCAGAUUCUUCUGAAAGAGUUUGAAGGCCGCAAACCUCAGUACGAGCAGCUGAACGAAGCUGCCAUGGUUAUCAGUUCUGCAUCAGGAAAUCAAGACCCUACUGGAGAGAAGGUAAAGACACAGCUGGAUGCCAUCAACCAGAAGUGGCAGGCUCUGACAAGUCAGCUGUCUGAGCGUGAUGCCCUCAUUCAGCAAGUUGUGGGUAAGACCACUCAGUUCCAGGAUCUUCUGCGGCAACUAGGGGAGAGUGCAGCAGAUCUGGAGCUUCAGCUAAAUGGCCAGCAGACCCUCAGCACACAGCCUGAUGCUGUCAAGAAGCAGCUAGAAGCCACUAAUGCAGUCCUGGCUAAGCUAUGUGAAGAGAAGAAGAGGCUAAAGGAGGCAGAAAGUCUGUGCUCUGAACUUUCAGCUCUAGUUACUGAGGAGUAUCUCAGAGCCAACCUCACAGCACAGCUGGAAAACAUCUCCAAGCCCUUUAAGAUCCUUGAAGACAAAGCAGGCAAGCGGAUUCAACAUCUCACCUCCACCUUCGCAAGCUCUCAAGAAUUCCAUCGAACAUCGAAAGACUUCCAGGGCUGGAUAGAGCAAAUGUUUAAGGAGCAGGCUGAGCCUCAGUCAGUUUCAGCCAAGGAGGAGACUCUGUUAGAAAGUCUAAGGGAGCACAUUGCUAUCCAGAGUGCACUGAGUGAACAAGAGGAACAAUACAACAACAUUAUGCGGGAAGCAGAGGCUCUCCUACAGAACACGGAGGGAGAGGAAAAGUCGGCCCUCCAAGGACAGCUCUCAGCCCUUAGGUCCAACUGGGAAAAAGUAAAGCGGGGUGCCAUGGAGAGAGCAGAAAAGCUCAAUGUUGCUAUUGAGAGAGCCAAAAAAUACAAAGAACAUGCAGAGAGCUUGGGAACUUGGCUGCAGGAGUGUGAAGACAGGAAAAACAAGGCAAAGUUCAGUGUAGAUCCUGUAGAAGUAGAAAACUCCCUCUCACAGGUAAAGACCAUCCAGCGGGAUGUGGACAAACAUCGUGGUCAGAUGGAGCUGCUGAAUGUAGCUGCUGAUAGCCUUCUAGAAGUGGCCACAGCAGAUGUCGAUGAUUUGCAGGAGGAGAGGAUUAUUAUUGGGAACAACAUGGAUAAGUUGAUUGAAGGGUUGCAGCUAAAGAAAGAAACUCUUGAGAAGCUCUCACAGAAGUUGAAAGAGUUCAGUGACACAGGCAAAGAAAUUUCAGACCAAAUGGAGGGUGCCAGGAAGCAACUAGAAUAUCACUCUGGUCUUGGUGAACAAGGUUAUAGUAACAAGAACCUAACCAACAUGAAGGCUCAGCAGAAAAACCUAGAGGGUGUCCAGAACCAGAUAGAGAACCUCAAAAGCCUUGCUCAAAGUUUAAUCGUGGAUGUACCAGAAGUUGAAGGGGUGGUAGAUCUCCUCCUUCAGGCAGACACUUUGGAGAAAGAACACAGCUCCAUCAGUAAAGCAAUUGAAGACAAAUGCAACACAUUGGAGAACAAACUGCAGGGCAUUGGACAAUUUCAGGACAGCAUUCGAGAGAUGUUCACCACCUUUGCAGACCUGGAUGAUGAAUUGGAUAGUAUGGGCCCAGUAGCCAGAGACCUGAAAACUCUACAAGACCAAGAAGGAACCAUCCAAAACUUUGUGACAAAACUUCAGGAUCUGAUAAACAGUACAGCGAGUGCCAGAGAAAACUGCAAGAAGAUGCUCGAGUCAGAGGUCUCACCAGAUCUACUGGGUCUGAAGAGAGACUUGGAGGCCCUGAGCAAGCAAAGUGGCAAAUUGAUGGACCGGGCCAUUGGGAGGAAAGAGCAGGUUGAGGAAACACUGAGACAUUUGCAGGAGUUUUAUCACAAGCUGGACACUUUUACAACUCAAAUGACUGGUGCAGAAGAGCAAGAAGAAUCCCAAGGACCAGUUGGAAUGGAGACAGAUUUUAUUAACCAGCAGCUGGAGGCUUUCAAGGUUUUCCAGAAGGAGACGGUUGACUCACUGCAAGCACAACUGCAAGAGGUGAACUGCAUAGGCCAGAGCCUUAUUCAGAAUGCCUCCAAAGGGACCAACACUAUAGCCCUUGAACGUGACCUGGAGGAUGUCAAUAUGAGAUGGAACACCCUGAAUAAAAAGGUAGCAGAGCGUUCAGCUCAGCUUCAUGAAGCUUUGCUGCACUGUGGGAGGUUUCAGGAUGCUCUCGAGUCCCUGUUCAGCUGGCUCAAAGACACCGAAGAACUGGUGGCUAGUCAGAAGCCUCCGUCAGCAGAGUUUAAAGUGGUCAAAGCACAAAUACAAGAACAGAGGCUCUUACAGAAGCUGCUAGAUGAUCGCAGACCCACAGUGGAGCUUAUUAAGAAGGAAGGUGGGAAAGUGCUAGAGAUGGCAGACUCUGUAGAUAAGGAGAAGAUUGGAAAGGAGAUUGAUAGCCUGGGGAAGAGAUGGGAUGCUCUGCUAAAGAAAGCUGAGACCAGACGCAAACAGUGUGAGAGCAUCUUGGGUGUCGCUCAACAGUUCCAUGAGACCUUAGAGCCACUAACAGAGUGGCUAACUGCUACAGAGAAAUGCCUGACCACUUCCGAGCCCAUCGGCACCCAGACCUCUAAGCUUGAAGAGCAGAUCUCCCAACAUAAGGCUUUAGAGGAGGAGAUUAUAGGGCACAGCAAGAGCUUGUACCAGGCAAUAAGUCUUGGUCAGGCUCUGCGGUCACUCAGUUGUGUGGAUGAUAAAGAGCUCAUCCAGGCUAAACUGGACAGCACUCAGGGCAGCUACAUCGAGUUGCAGGAACGCUGCCGCAUGAAGGCUGAGCUGCUACAGCGAGCCCUGGCUAACGCACGGCUGUUUGGAGAGGACGAAGUAGCACUCAUGAACUGGCUGGAUGAAAUACAUGGCAGAUUGAACCACAUCUCUGUCCAGGAUUAUGCACCGGCUAUACUGGCAAAACAGCAUGCUGACCAGCUGGCACUUCAUGAAGAUAUUGAGUUAAGGAAGCAGCAUGUUGAACAGGCCUUACAGAAUGGACUUGAGCUGCUCAAACAGACCACAGGUGAUGAAGUUGUUGUCAUUCAGGGCAAACUGGAUGGAAUAAAGACAAGAUAUGCUGACAUAAGCACAAUGAGCAGUGAUGUAAUGAAGACCCUGGACAAGGCUCUGUCUCUGGCCAACCAGGUACAACACACGCAUGAGGAUCUGCACAUCUGGUUGGAGAAAGUGGAGUCUGAAUUGGCCACGUUUGGAGCUCAGGAACCAGUGGGAGAGCAACUCACUCAGGUGCAAGAGAGGCAGAAAACAUUACUGAAGGAGGUUCAAGCACGCAAGUCAUUAGUAGAUACACUGAAUGAAGUUAGCAGUGCUCUUCUAGAACUGGUGCCAUGGCGUGCCCGAGAGGGGCUUGACAAACUGAUCACAGAAGACAAUGAGCGCUACAGGUCAGCAAGUGAUGCCAUCUCUCAGCAUGUGGACCAGACUGGAGCUGCCAUCUUAAAAUCACAGCAGUUUGAGCAGGCUGCAGACACUGAAUUAGCCUGGCUGACUGAAGCAGAAAAGAAGUUGUCGUCUCUAGGGGACAUCAAGCUGGAGGUAGAAAAGACCGCAGCUCAGCUGCAGGCUCAAAAGGGCUUCUCCAUGGACAUUAUGAGACAUAAAGAUGCUGUGGAUGAUCUCACUAAGACGGGAGAGGCAAUAAUGAACAGCAAAGAUAAGAAUGAGAAACUGUCUCUGAAGGCUAAGAUCCAGGCCCUCAUGGAGAAAUACAACUCUGUGAGUCAGUUGAACUCAGAACGCUGUCUGCAGCUGGAGAGAGUGCAUUCUCUGGCUUGCCAGUUCUGGGAGACCUAUGAAGAGCUGUGGCCAUGGCUGCAGGAGACACGGGCCAACUUCACCCAGCUCCCUUCUCCUGCCAUUGAGUACGAGACUCUCAGACAGCAACAGGAGGAACUGCGUCAACUGAGGGAACUGAUUGCAGAGCAUAAGCCUCACAUAGACAAGAUGAACAAAACAGGUCCUCAGCUGGUCGAGAUCAGUCCACUGGAGGGUGAGCCCAUCAGGGAGAAAUUCCAGGUCAUAGACAAGUUGUAUGCACAGCUUAAAGCAGAUGUGAAGCAUCGAGCUGCUGCCCUUGAUGAGGCCAUCUCUCAGUCUACACAGUUCCAUGAUAAGAUUGACCCCAUGUUGGAGUCUCUGAAUCGUAUAGCGGAGCGUUUGCGUCAGCCACCCUCCAUCUCUGUGGAAGUGGAAAAGAUUCGUGAGCAGAUUUCUGAGAACAAAGCAGUGAAUAUGGACUUGGAGAAACUGCAACCAUCUUAUGAAACUUUGAAGCAGAGAGGCGAGGAAAUGAUCACUCGCUCAGAGGGCGCAGACAAGGACCUGUCGGCCAAAGCGGUACAAGACAAACUGGAUCAGAUGGUGUUUGUGUGGAGUGACAUCCAUGCUCUGCUGGAGGAGAGGGAGGCUAAACUUCUGGAUGUGAUGGACCUGGCUGAGAAGUUCUGGUGUGAACACUGUGCUCUCAUCAUUACGAUCAAAGACACACAGGACUUGCUCAAAGACCUGGAAGACCCUGGAGUCGACCCCUCUGUUGUUAAACAGCAACAGGAGUCUGUAGAGGCUUACCGAGAGGAGAUUGACGGUCUUCAGGACGAACUGAAUGUGGUCCAGAAUCUCGGGGCAGAGCUGAUGACAGCCUGCGGAGAACCAGACAAACCUGUGAUUAAAAAGAGCAUUGAUGAGGUGAACAUGGCAUGGGAAACUCUGAAUAAGUCAUGGAAAGAACGAGUGGACAGACUGGAGGAGGCCAUGCAAGCUGCUGUACAGUUCCAGGAUGGUCUUCAGGGCAUGUUUGACUGGGUGGAUAUUUUGGCGAGUAAACUGGAUUCCAUGUCACCUGUCGGCACAGACCUGGAAACUGUGAAACAGCAGAUUGAUGAACUCAAGGAGUUCAAAGGUGAGACCUACCAGCUUCAGAUUGAAAUGGAGAGGCUGAAUCACCAGGCAGGACUGCUGCUGAAAAAAGUACUGGAGGAAGAAGACCGCAUUGCCAUUCAGGAGCCUAUGAAUGAACUCAAAAUGCUUUGGGAGGACCUUGACGACAAGGUCAUCAACAGACAGCACAAGCUGGAGGGAGCCUUGCUGGCUUUAGGGCAGUUCCAGCAUGCCCUGGAUGAGCUUUUGGCCUGGCUGACUAAUACAGAAGAGCUGCUUAGUGGACAGAAGAAAAGCAGUGGCGACCCCAAAGCUAUUGAGAUAGAGCUAGCCAAACACCAUGUGCUGCAUAACGAUGUAUUGGCCCAUAAGACGACAGUGGAGGCAGUCAACAAAGCAGGCAGAGAUUUGGUUGAGUCCAGUGAAGGAGAGGAGGCAUGUGGCCUGCAGAGCAAGCUGGAAAACCUUAACCAACGUUGGACAAGCAUCCUAGAGAAAACUGAGCAGAGGAAGCAGCUUUUAGACAGUGCCUUACUCCAGGCCCAAGGUUUCCAUGGGGAGAUUGAAGAUAUGCAACAAUGGUUGAAAGACACAGAAUGUCAGCUGUUAGCAUCAAAAGCAGUUGGAGGCCUACCAGACACGGCCCGCGAGCAGCUUAACACCCAUCUGGAGUUGUGUAGGGCAAUGGAGGUGAAGGAAGAACUCUACCAGAAGCUCAUUCACAGAGAUCAGCAGCUGAAAGCCAUGACCCCGGAGAACCAGGACAGUGGUACUGAGCAGGACCUCCUCAACCUUCGAGAAAAGUGGGAAUGUGUGCAGUCCAAAGUGUCUGAGAGAAGGGUAAAACUGGAAGAGGCAUUAGCGAUGGCCACAGAUUUUCAUAAUUCUCUGCAGGACUUCAUUAACUGGCUGACUCAAGCAGAGCAGACCCUCAACAUGGGCUCUCCAGCCUCUCUCAUUCUUGAAACUAUCUUGUUCCAGAUAGAUGAACAUAAGAUCUUUGCAACUGAGGUCAACUCACACCGGGAUCAGAUCAUUGAGCUGGAUAAGACAGGCACCCACUUGAAAUACUUCAGCCAGAAGCAGGAUGUGGUUCUGAUUAAAAACCUGCUCCUAAGUGUACAAAGCCGCUGGGACAAAGUAGUGCAACGUUCGGUGGAGCGAGGACGCCUGCUGGAUGAUGCGAGGAAGCGUGCAAAGCAGUUCCAUGAGAGCUGGGCCAAGCUGAUGGAGUGGCUGGAGGAGUCCGAGAGAGCUCUGGACUCAGAACUGGAGAUCGCUAAUGACCCAGACAAGAUCAAAAUGCAGCUAGCUCAGCACAAGGAUUUCCAGAAGGCCCUGGGUGCCAAGCAUUCUGUUUACGACACAACCAGCCGCACUGGCCGGGCCUUGAAGGACAAAACCUCACUCCAGGAUGACAACCAGAAAUUGGACGGCAUGAUUUGUGAGCUAAGAGACAAAUGGGACACGAUUUGUGGCAAGUCUGUAGAAAGGCAGAACAAGCUGGAGGAGGCUCUAUUGUUCUCAGGCCAGUUCACUGAUGCUCUUCAGGCUCUGAUUGACUGGCUUUAUAAAAUAGAGCCGCAGCUGGCAGAGGACCAGCCUGUGCACGGAGACAUUGAUUUGGUGCUGAACCUCAUAGACAGCCACAAGGUGUUUCAAAAGGAGCUUGGAAAGAGGACAGGCUCUGUCCAGGCUCUGAAACGUUCAGCACGUGAGCUGAUCGAGAACAGACAUGAUGACUCUUCCUGGGUCAAAGUACAGAUGCAGGAGCUGAGUUUGCGCUGGGAGACUGUGUGCUCUCUCUCUGUGCUCAAACAGACACGGCUGGAACAAGCUCUGUGUCAGGCAGAGGAGUUUCACUCGACAGUUCAUAUACUGCUGGAGUGGUUGGCUGAAGCAGAACAGAGCUUACGUUUCCAUGGGUCUCUGCCUGAGGAUGAAGAAGCCCUGCGUGGCCUGAUUGAACUGCACAAAGAAUUCAUGAAGAAGCUGGAAGAAAAGAGUGUGGCUCUGAGCAAAGCCAUCAGCAUGGGCGAAGACAUCUUGGCUAUCUGCCAUCCAGACUCCAUCACCACUGUGAAACACUGGAACACCAUAAUUAAAGCACGAUUCGAGGAGGUCACAGCAUGGGCACGGCAGCAUCAGCAGAGGUUAUCUAGUGCUCUGAGUGAGCUUAUGGCUACACAAGAGCUGCUGGAGAAUCUGCUGAGCUGGUUACAUUGGGCAGAGACCACCGUCACAGAGAAAGACAAGGAGGCCCUGCCUCAGGAGAUCGAAGAGAUCAAAGCUCUCAUCACUGAGCAUCAGACCUUCAUGGAGGAGAUGACCAGGAAACAACCAGAUGUGGACAAAGUCACGAAAACUCAUAAAAGGAAAGCCACAGCUGAUGCACCAGUUCAGUCUCAGAUUCCAGUAUUGGAAAAAGGAAGAACAUACCGAAAGAAAUCCCAGGCCCAGGCCAUGUAUCCAGCAACAGUCCAGGCUCCAAUAGAGACCAAGAACCCCAGAGUGAACCUGUUGAUGAGUAAAUGGCAGCAGGUCUGGCUUUUGGCACUGGACAGGAGAAGAAAACUCAACGAUGCUCUGGACCGACUAGAGGAGCUGAAAGAGUUUGCCAACUUUGACUUUGAUAUCUGGAGGAAGCGCUACAUGCGAUGGAUGAACCACAAGAAGUCUCGAGUCAUGGACUUCUUUCGGCGUAUGGAUAAGGAUCAGGAUGGCAAAGUCACCAGGCAGGAGUUUAUUGAUGGGAUUCUUUCUUCAAAGUUUCCCACCAGUCGACUGGAGAUGAGUGCUGUAGCAGACAUUUUUGAUCGUGAUGGUGACGGCUACAUUGACUACUACGAGUUUGUUGCUGCUCUGCACCCAAACAAAGAUGCCUACAAACCGCUUACUGAUGCUGAUAAGAUAGAAGACGAGGUAACACGCCAAGUGGCAAAGUGCAAGUGUCCUAAACGGUUCCAAGUUGAGCAGAUUGGUGCGAACAAAUACAGGUUCUACCUCGGAAACCAGUUUGGAGACUCACAGCAGCUCAGGCUGGUGCGGAUUCUGCGCAGCACUGUUAUGGUGCGGGUGGGAGGAGGCUGGAUGGCACUUGAUGAGUUCCUAGUAAAGAACGACCCAUGUAGAGUUCAUCACUACGGGAGUAAAAUGUUGCGCUCGGAAUCAAACUCGUCCAUUACUCAGUCUCCUAUAGGUUGGCAACUCUCACACUUUCUCUCCUUGCUCCAUCCCAGUGCCAAAGGCAGGACCAAUGUGGAGUUGCGAGAGAAGUUCAUACUUCCAGAAGGCACCACUCAAGUGAUGGCCAGCUUUCGCUACAGAGGUCGAAGGUCACGGCCGUCCUCGAGGGGUGCAUCACCAAACAGGUCAAACUCAAGCCACAGCUGUCCUGCACAUCCCAACCCUGCUGUGCCCGGUACACCGAAGACUCUCCAACAUUUAACCCGCAAUUACGAUAAACCCUGGCUGACAAACAGCAAAUCAGCUACUCCCUUAAAGUCAUCCGACUCUUUUGAGAGCCAGGGCUCAUCUAAUGAGAGUACACCCAUCCAAGGCAGCAGGCUCCGGCUGCCUGGCUAUUUGUCAGGAAAAGGUUUCCAGUCUGGAGAGGAGGGAAGCCUGAUAAACACUGCUAUUCUGAAAGCAAGAAAUCAGACUGCUGGACUCGGCAAGAUUCCCAGCAGACCCGGCAGUAAGGCAGGGAGCCGCGGAAGCAGCCGGCGAGGGAGCGACGCCUCUGACUUUGACAUUUCCGAUAUCCAGUCUGUCUGCUCUGACAUGUCAGAGACAGUGAUGGACUCUGCAAGGCCACGCUCAUCUCCACGCCAGCCUGGAGUUAAACCCUCCAAAAUCCCUACGCCGCAGAGGAGGAGCAGGGCCAGCAGCAAACUAGCCAAAACCACCGCCACCAAGAGAUAGUCAGCGGCUGGCUUCUCUCUCUUACAGCACUGUUCUGGGACACACUGGACAAAAACUGGACACCAGAAGACACUAAAAACAGCAAACUCUCCUUAUUUAAAAUAAGUUGUAAAUUAUAAAAGGAAAAAAAAAAGUGUAGCAAGAUGUAAAUUAUUCCAAGGAGAACGAGGUGAAAUAUGUGGGAUUGAUGCUGUGUGAGUGGAACAUGACAGUUUUGUGUACUUGUGUAUUUUUAAUUUCUGUGAAUAAUGUCGCAUCAAAUUUUAUUUUAUUUUAUGGUAUCGCUGCUACAACCUGAGAGGUUAGCAAGCAGUGGAAGGAGAAAAGGACUGUACAUUGUGAAGCUAAUUAACAGUUUUAACACAGUCUUGGAUUGAGCUCCCGUUGAAAGCUGAAUGUACUGUAAAUCUCCACAAGCUUGCAAAUAAUAUUAAGCCACUGCGUUUCACCAGGGCACUCUGACUAUUUAUUCAUCUAUUUAAAGUGCAAUGAUGUGUUGCUGAGAAUGCAUUUUAAAAGGCAAUACAAUAAUAACUAAUUGUAAUCACUGCAAGUGCUAAAAUAUUACAUGGCCUUCAAAAUAACAACAAAUAGAGUCCGUCAUAUCCACCUGCUACAUAAAGUUUGAAAUGCCUAAUCCUAUCAUUGUGUGCCAUUUAAUCUUGACAGGAACCUUCCACUGUUCUAACUAGCAGAUAUUCAUAAAUGCAUUCAUGUCUGUGUACUGUAUGACUCUGUGUCAGUGGAUUACUCACAUUUUUGUAAUAAACCUGCUUGCAGAAAGCUCUGGCAGUAUCGAAAAAGCAAAA